GACACGAAGUUUAGGUUGGGCUGACCUAUGGACCACAGGGCUGGAUGCUAUCCAUGGUUGUGGUAAAGCUAAACCAAGGUCCGAAUCUUUGUAUCCUGCUCAUUGUAGUGGAAACACAAGAAAGCCUCUCCUAGGUGGACUGCUUGAAGUGUGCUGUGUGUAACUAUCCAGGUUGAUUGAAGGCCGAAGUUGAACAAGUGACUGAAGAUGCUAAACCUCGACGGCCGCUUGUCUCUACAAAUAGCCAUCAAGAGUUGCUCUCAGGUUUUCUGUUCGUGAUACAAGUUACCAACCCGAUAAGUUACUCACUUAUUCGGCAUUGCGUGGUUCGCAAUUGUCCCGGAGGCGCCCAUCGUACUCUAGGUACAAGCUGCAGCCCACCACUCCAAGCCCCCUAGAGUUCGUUCCAGCUCUGGAGUCCGUUUGUAACCCACGGGUGUUGCAACCCAUUGUGAAUGAGAAAACUUUUGCAACCCCGGAACAUGAAAAGACGCUCAGCUUACACUAAUCAGGGAGAAUCAGGCAAUUGCACGGCGCUGGGUGAUCCAGCCGCACCUCAACCACAGAGUGGCGCAGCUGGGUGUCUAGGGGGUCAGCGUAACGCGAUGACGGAGUAAGAAUUUCUCGAUUACCGCCAAGUUCGGUCAGCUUCAACUCAUCACCAUCAUUUUAAACACGAACGUACAGCUUCAUCGUGUGACAGUAAUUCCUUGUCGGUUUUUGAUCCGAACGCCCAAUGCCAGGUGAUCAAUCUCUCGUCCUCCCCGACGGACGCACCCUCAGCUAUACCACGUUCGGCGUCACGCCCCGACCAGAUCAGCCGACCAUCUUCCAUUUCCACGGCCUCCCCGGCUCUCAUCAUGAAGGUCAACCCAUCCACGAGGCAGCCGUGAAGUGCAACGUCUGCGUCGUCGCCGUGAACCGCCCAGGCUACGGCGGCUCAACUUUCCAACCGAACCGGACGAUACUCUCCUUCCCCCAGGACGUCCUCCGCCUCGCAGACUAUCUGAACAUCGAUCGCUUCGCGGUCCUGGGCGUCUCUGGCGGCGGGCCGUACGCCCUCGCUUGUCUUCACUCAAUCCCGUCGACGCGCUUGGCCGGCGCCGCGAUCGUCUCGGGCAUGUACCCGACGAAACUCGGCCUCGGCGGCAUGAUGCUCCUCAACCGUGUCCUCUUCACCCUGGCGCCCUGGGUGACUGGGCUCGUGGAGAUGGUCGCCGAGUGGGAGAUGGGGAACCUGGCCCGGGACGCGAACCACCCGGAACGGCUUGCGCAGUCGGUGGUCGAGAGCUUCAAGAGCCGACCGAUCGAGGACCAGGAGGCCCUCUUUGCCGACGACGGCAAGAUCCUGAGCGCCCUGGUGCAGAGCACCCGCGACGCGGUGCGCGAGAGCUGUCGGGGCUUCGCGUGGGAGGCGAGGCUGUUCGGAAGCCCGUGGGGGUUCGAGCUGGGGGACUUGGUCGUCGAGAAGGGGAGGUUGGUGAUGUGGCACGGCGGUAAGGAUAUCAACGUCCCUCGCCGGAUGGCUGUGGAGGCGGCGGAGGCGAUCCCGGGCGCUGAACUAAGGAUCGACGAGGACGAGGCGCAUGUGAGCCUGUUGGCUCACAGGAUGGACGACAUCAUCGCCGCGCUAACGGAGAUGCUGAGAAAAUGAUAGCGGAUGCUUUUGGCAGGACGAAAUGCAAUCCUAUGAUCCCGGAAAUCACCAACAUCCAACCGUUUGGGUUACCGAUACGGUUUGGAGACUGUGACAUGCAGAAGCUGCCUCACAGCGGCGGGUAAUCGGCCUCUCCUGGAAGCUCUAGAACCGUUCGAUGGCUGCAUCGCCUCGCAUGACAU